AUCUCUCCAUUUCCGGAGUUGGGUGCAGGCAGUCGUUGUUUGGGGAUAUUUUCCUCUCUCUCUCUCUCUCUCUCUCUCUAUUUUUCUCUCUGAAAAUUUCUCCCUCGAUAUUCUCAACUCGGGGUUUUAUUUGUUAGUUUGAUUGGAAUUUGUGAUUGUUUCGAUAGAUUCUCCAUUGAUUUUAGCAAUUUUGAGAUUUUUUUGAAAUGGUUAAUCCCGAGGAGCAUCAAUCGGCGAACGGUAGACAGACGGAUAACGCGGAUCGCGCGGAUCAAAUUUCCGACGGCCAGGAUUCGGUCACGGUUUCUUCGAGCGGUGGUGAGACGUCGGCGAGAGCGAAUCCAGCAUCCGUCACGCGGCGGCUCACGGAGAUAUUUGUGGAGAAUGGGGAUGGGGAUCUGCUGCUGCAGAGAAGCGACAGGGAGGAUGGUGUUCUUCAAUGGCUUCGUGCAUUGGACAUGCAGGUGAUGGGGGCUUGCCGAGCGGAUGAGAGAUUGAAGCCUUUGCUGAAGCUAAAUGUGUCCACGGGUCUGGCAGAGGAUCGUCUGCUAGCUCAUCUAAGUCAGCACUUUGAGCCAUCAGAAGUUGGGAUGCUAGCCAGGUGCUUGUGCAUACCUUUGGUUUCUAUACGGGUCGGGAAGAUCAACAAGCAAGGAACACUUCUUUCUCCAACAUCUAUCAGGGGGAAUUUGUGCCUCACACUUUUGCCAACUUCUGAUUUACGCAUAUCAUUUAAUGGAGAUGAUGGUUUUGUGGAGAGGCUGGCAACAUUCAGCACUGAGGUUCAGUCCAUUGACAUAGAAAUUGAAGCAAUCUCUGCAGACAAGUCUGGUCGGUCUUUCUUAAUAAAGACCUCCAACACCGUGGUUUCUUAUUUUUGGUGCGCUGAAAAAUCUACACUCUUGGGUAACGAAUUACUCAGAAAGAUGAAGGAUUUGCUUAUGAGAAAACCUUCACUGGCUGAAUUAACUGGAAUUAGCGAGUCACGGCUCGGCUGUUUCGCAACUCAUCUUCGAGCUUAUCUUGCUGGAUCAAUGGUAACUAGUGCUCAAGCUUGUGGCAUUCUGUCAGCAACGCCUCCAGAUGACUCAGUUAAUUUUUCCGAAACCCAUUCUCCUCAGUCUUCAUUUAACUGUCACAAGAGUUCACGUUUCCGGCAGUGUGGCAGUCAAGGGUCAAAGACAAACCUGAUCUAUCAGGGCAGUCUCAGUCCCAGGUCAAGUUCUUUCAAAGAGGGCCAGCAAAAAAGCAUGUCUUCUAUAAGGAGUGGUACCAGAGAAAAACUGAGGCGGCGUGGGGAGAGUCAUGUUCCAUGCAUUGACAGCAAACUGCUUGCUUCAUCAAACAGUAUUGAUCCAUCUACCUCCAAUUGUUACCAGAAAGAAAAACUCCUGUCUGUGAAUGGAACUCACUCAUUUGCCGGAUUGAAUUUUUUGGAUGCAUUUGAGAAAUCCACGGAGCUGCCACUUUCUGGUCCAGAAAUAAAAGCUUGUUCACCAAGUCCAUCUCCUUUCUCUCCUCACUACUGCUGGUGCCCUCCUGUUGCAUCAGCACUGCAAUACACCAUAGGAAAACCAGAGCUACCCAUUUCUUCAACUGAAUCAUUGUCUCUGCCUCCCCUUUCAUCUCUGCUAUCAUCUGCAAGGCCGUCUAGUCUAUUGACUUCAAAACCAUUGCUGAAUUUGGCAGAGGUUCCACCAAUAGAUUUUCCUAGUCUCCUGCCCGAGCCUUUGGUCAGGUUACCAACUUCACAGCAAAUCCCGACAUUUACCCCUCUAAUCUGUGACCCAAUUGUUCAUAUUCCAGUGAUUGAUGUUUGCUCAUCUGGUGGCCAAGGGUAUUUGGUCAGUGCAGGCCCUGCUAUAUCCACCUCUAUUCCACCAUUAAACCAAGAUUUUGUAGACCCUUUACUACCAAAUGCUGAAUCUGUGGUUGAAAAAGGUGCUAGAGAAACACUUCGCAUGCUUAUUAGUAGUUCCAAUCAAAGCACACCACAGCUGCUUGAGGUUUUACCUUCUGUCUUGAGCAGCAGCAAUGACAAGCAAAACGUGCUUGCUGCUGGAAGCAGGGGUCUCUAUAGCGGAACCAUAGAUGUGGAUGCUAUAAACAAUAGCCUGUCUACAAUGGGGCUCGUAUUCUUGUCCGAGAAAUCAAUUAUGGGGGGCAUUGGCAAAACGCGUGGUAGCAUGGAUAAUUUGAUUGAUCCAAAAGAGAAGCCAUCUGGCUCUGGUCCAUCUAGUUUUGGUGAAAUGAUGGAUUGAUUCUGGUAGAAAAUUUUCCUAUUUGUAGAUGUCAGUUCUUUCAUGGAAAUGUACAUACAGGGGUGAAGCUCUGAUGGUGAGCAUUGUGAUCGGUCCAUAUGUAUCAGUGCUGUGGCUUAACAUUAUCAUCUAUUUUUUAGCAAUGAAAGGAAAGUUGAAAUCCUUCUUUGGGUUUUUAGUUUUCUGCUCUGAUUUUACAUCUAUUUCUGAGCAGUUAAAGGAAAA